UUUCUUUUGCAACUGAACCGUAACUUUCUUGAACUUAUUUUGUUUGUUUUGGAAAAAAGGAAUCCGGAUCUAACACUACCCACAAACAAUCAUGCACCGUGUAUAGAAAUUUCUACUUCCCAGUUACAACUCGAUUAACUAACACUAGACAGUUUCAACGAACACACACACAAAAGUCUUCAAUAUUUCGAAAAUCUAAGCUAAUGAAUAAAUUAUCGAAUUUUUCAUUGAUUUUUGUGAUUUCGAUCGCCUCGAUCUUAUGGAAAUCUACAAGCUCAGCUAUUAUGAAUCCUUCCAAAGUCAAGCAAGUUUCAUGGAAACCUAGAGCUUUUGUGUACGAAGGUUUUCUUACUAAUGAAGAAUGUGAUCAUUUGAUUUCUAUUGCGAAAUUGGAGCUCAAGAGAUCGGCUGUUGCGGAUAAUUUAUCUGGAGAGAGUAAGCUUAGCGAGGUUCGGACUAGCUCUGGGAUGUUUAUUCCCAAGGAGAAGGAUCCAAUUGUUGCCGGUAUAGAAGAUAAGCUCGCAACCUGGAGUUUCCUACCGAAAGAAAAUGGAGAAGACAUUCAGGUGCUAAAAUAUGAACCUGGGCAAAAAUAUGACCCCCACUAUGAUUACUUCACCGACAAAGUUAAUAUUGCAAGGGGUGGUCAUCGAAUUGCAACUGUACUCAUGUAUCUCUCUGAUGUAGUCAAAGGAGGUGAGACUGUAUUUCCCCAAGCAGAGGAACCUUCACGUCGCAAACCUUCCAAAUCAGAUGAUGAUUUAUCAGAGUGCGCAAAAAAAGGUGUUGCAGUGAAACCACGGAAAGGGGAUGCACUUCUUUUCUUCAGUCUCCUCCCAAGUGCGAUUCCAGAUCCUCAAAGUCUCCAUGCAGGUUGCCCAGUGAUCGAAGGGGAAAAGUGGUCAGCUACCAAGUGGAUUCACGUAGACUCAUUUGACAAGAUAGUAGGUGCUGGUGGAAACUGCAUAGAUCAGAAUGACAAUUGUGAGCGUUGGGCAGCUCUUGGUGAGUGCAAAAACAACGCUGAGUACAUGGUUGGAACUGCAGAGCUUCCAGGAGCCUGUAGAAGAAGUUGCAAACUAUGUUAGCUCUCUAAUUUGCUCAUUACCACUUAAAGAAACCAAAUACUACUCUUUUCGAGUUAUGUUUCACUCCAUAAUAUUUCAGUUUCUAUACAAACUUUGAGCAUUUACGAUGUACUAAUAUUACUAAAUGUUAAAUUAGUGAACCAAUUUUUGUAGAUGUUUCAA